CGCAAAACCAGGAACGUGGAUCACUUUGAUUGUACCAAAGAGAACAAGGAAGCAACAUGUGCCGAUAACUAUACAAGUAGUCUGAUCACAGCAAUAUAGAGAGGAAAUAGAGAAAACAGCGUCAUUACACUGGAUAUUUAAAAUACUGCGGUUAUUAGACAGGUAAGUGAGAAAUAUUGAGAAGUUUACCAUAUUUGGAAGUCAACCUUUUGAUGUGAUUGAAAAAUUAUUUUGUAAACAAAUGUAGGCUCUUUCCACAUGCGAUUUAAAUAACUUGGUGAUUGUUUGGGUAUUACAAAAGUUGUACAUGUAUUUAUUCUUUAAGGAAUAUGUUGCUUAAUGACUAGAAAUGACAGCAAUUACAACAGCUAGCUCACCACGACAAUCCUUGUAGUGUGUAAUAAUUUAAUUGGAGCCUAGUUUAAUUGUUGUUUAGCUUUUUUAUUCCCAAAUCGAACUAUUAUUUAAGUUUGUAUAUUUUAAACAAUUUAGACUUAAUCUUUAGGAUAAACGCGGAAUCUAUUCAAGGAAACGUUUUGAAUUUCCAAUUACAUGGGGGGAUUUCCGCGUUGAGAACCCACUCCCCUGUUCAAUGUUUUCGAAAGAGGAAGAAAAAAGUCGGCGCCACAAAAACCACAGGCUGAACGGAAAACCCAAUCUGAAAUCUGUUUGACGUGUAGCCUACAGGAUGUGUGAUCUCUAAAUGAUAACCAUUUAAUGUUCUUCACAAGUUACAUUAUAGCAAUCACUUGAGUUCAAGUGUUACAAUGUAUCCAAUCUCUGCAGUGUUGACUCUUUCCAUAGGCUCAGGAAGCACGUGACCGGGCUAUAGGAGACUCAAAUCCACUCUUUCAGAUCUGAAAUGUCAGCUGUUUUCUUUCCAUUUACAUGAACUUGCUAUCAACAAGACUCCCCACAUGGCAUGGGCCAACAACCUCAUGUAUUGUAUAUGCUGCUAUAACAUUACUGUGCUAUAACCAUAAUCUUCCAAGCAGCCAUAUUACUCAACAACAACCAGAUAUUAAUUAACUGAUGUCAAAGAAAUACAGACAGCAUGUAUAACACAGAAGCUUCUCACUGCCAGUGUUCACUCAUCUUAAUAGGAACUAGUUAUUAUACAAUUAUUGGUUAUUAUGUAGGUUAUUGUACUGUGUUAGGCUCAGUGGAUUGGUUCAGAUUAUUGGGAACACCAUGUCAAUUUUCUCACCCUUGAACAACAUGGACUGACAUGUAUGUUGUUAUUGGGUUGUAGAGAGGUCAUGUCUCUGUCUUUACACACAGAUCAAUACAGGGGUUGCUGCAAUACCAACACCUCAGUGUUACUGCUUUGUCUGUUAGAGGCAGUAGUUCACUGUGUACUGUCUAUAGAGGGUAAGCAUGUCACUCAAAGACUCUGCUACUGGAACGGUUGCUAUGCAUGUAAAUGCAAUUUACAUACAGAUCUGAUUUGGCUUAAAGAUGCACCCCAGGCUCCAUUUCACCUCUUUAUCACCUGAUUUACUUACCAAAAGGCACAUCUCAAUAGGAGGUCCAGGUAUGUCAUGACAUGGCACAAGUGUGUGUGUGGGGGGGGGGGGGGGGGGGGGGGGGAGGUGUAUGUAAACAUUAUUAAAGUGACUAGUGUUCCAUUAUUAAAGUGACCAGUGAUUCCAUGUCUAUGUACAUAGGGCAGCAGCCUCUAGGGUGCAGGGUUGCGCAACCGGGUGGUAGCCGGCUGGUGAUGGCUAUUUAACAGUCUGAUGGCCUUGAGAUAGAAGCUGUUUUUCAGUCUCUCGGUCCCAGCUUUGAUGCACUGUACUGACCUCGCCUUCUGGAUGAUAGCGGGGUGAACAGGCCAUGGCUCAGGUAGUUGAUGUCCUCGAAGAUCCUCUAUUGUCCUCUAUUGCUAUUCUAUUUUUCCCGCAAGCAAGGGGGGAUGCCAAUGACAUCACAUCAGACCAACUCUGUGAAGUUUGCAGUUGUGUUUAAAAAACAAAACAUUUCUCAGAAUGUAUUGUUUUAACCUUAAGUGUGUGUACCAGAGGAGGCUGGUGAGGGGAGGACAGCUCUUAAUAAUGAAUGGAGUGAAUGGAAUGGUAUCAAACACAUGGAAACCAGGUGUUUGAUGUGUUUGAGACCAUUCCAUUAAUUCCGUUCCAGCAAUUACUAUGAGCCUGCCCUCCCCUUUUAAAGUGCCACCAGCCACCACUGGUGUGUACAUUACUGUAUUUAUACUCGGGAUAUUGUUUUUUAACAGGAAAAGUUCAAAAAUAGCUGGAGUGUGUCUUUAAACCUCUUGGCCCCUUUGGGAGCAUAGGGCGUCCACCAUGGCUCUCCACCUCACUUCUGUGCGAUGGCUUUUGAUCUAGGACAUACAGAUCUAGGACAUACAGUGGGGAGAACAAGUAUUUGAUACACUGCCGAUUUUGCAGGUUUUCCUACUUACAAAGCAUGUAGAGGUCUGUAUCAUAGGUACACUUCAACUGUGAGAGACGGAAUCUAAAACAAAAAUCCAGAAAAUCACAUUGUAUGAUUUUUAAGUAAUUAAUUAGCAUUUUAUUGCAUGACAUAAGUAUUUGAUACAUCAGAAAAGCAGAACUUAAUAUUUGGUACAGAAACCUUUGUUUGCAAUUACAGAGAUCAUACAUUUCCUGUAGGUCUUGACCAGGUUUGCACACACUGCAGCAGGGAUUUUGGCCCACUCCUCCAUACAGACCUUCUCCAGAUCCUUCAGGUUUCGGGGCUGUCGCUGGGCAAUACAGACUUUCAGCUCCCUCCAAAGAUGUUCUAUUGGGUUCAGGUCUGGAGACUGGCUAGGCCACUCCAGGACCUUGAGAUGCUUCGUACGGAGCAACUCCUUAGUUGCCCUGGCUGUGUGUUUCGGGUCGUUGUCAUGCUGGAAGACCCAGCCACGACCCAUCUUCAAUGCUCUUACUGAGGGAAGGAGGUUGUUGGCCAAGAUCUCGCGAUACAUGGCCCCAUCCAUCCUCCCCUCAAUACGGUGCAGUCGUCCUGUCCCCUUUGCAGAAAAGCAUCCCCAAAGAAUGAUGUUUCCACCUCCAUGCUUCACGGUUGGGAUGGUGUUCUUGGGGUUGUACUCAUCCUUCUUCUUCCUCCAAACACGGCGAGUGGAGUUUAGACCAAAAAGCUCAAUUUUUGUCUCAUCAGACUACAUGACCUUCUCCCAUUCCUCCUCUGGAUCAUCCAGAUGGUCAUUGGCAAACUUCAGACGGGCCUGGACAUGCGCUGGCUUGAGCAGGGGGACCUUGCGUGCGCUGCAGGAUUUUAAUCCAUGACGGCGUAGUGUGUUACUAAUGGUUUUCUUUGAGACUGUGGUCCCAGCUCUCUUCAGGUCAUUGACCAGGUCCUGCCGUGUAGUUCUGGGCUGAUCCCUCACCUUCCUCAUGAUCAUUGAUGCCCCACGAGGUGAGAUCUUGCAUGGAGUCCCAGACCGAGGGUGAUUGACCGUCAUCUUGAACUUCUUCCAUUUUCUAAUAAUUACGCCAACAGUUGUUGCCUUCUCACCAAGCUGCUUGCCUAUUGUCCUGUAGCCCAUCCCAGCCUUGUGCAGGUCUACAAUUUUAUCCCUGAUGUCCUUACACAGCUCUCUGGUCUUGGCCAUUGUGGAGAGGUUGGAGUCUGUUUGAUUGAAUGUGUGAACAGGUGUCUUUUAUACAGGUAACGAGUUCAAACAGGUGCAGUUAAUACAGGUAAUCAGUGGAGAACAGGAGGGCUUCUUAAAGAAAAACUAACAGGUCUGUGAGAGCCGGAAUUCUUACUGGUUGGUAGGUGAUCAAAUACUUAUGUCAUGCAAUAAAAUGCAAAUUAAUUACUUAAAAAUCAUACAAUGUGAUUUUCUGGAUUUUCUCACAGUUGAAGUGUACCUAUGAUAAAAAUUACAGACCUCUACAUGCUUUGUAAGUAGGAAAACCUGCAAAAUUGGCAGUUUAUCAAAUACUUGUUCUCCCCACUGUAGAUGAGGGCCUUGCAGAAUGCAGAUCUGUUCAUGGCAUUACAUUUUUUAUCUGGAUAAUGUAAUUUAUAGACAGGAAGAUGUUUCAUUCUGGUCUCAGUGGUCCUAACAUAUUCUAAUCUAAUCAUGAGCAAUGUCCACAUCAAUCCAGUCUAAAUAAGGUAGUGAAUGAUUUAGCGAUAAUAGCACUUUAAUAUGCAAAGUUUAUGAUGACAGAUGAGGCAACCAGUAAAUGACUGGGCCAUCAUCUAACAUGAGGUCAGCUCUCUGAGCUGUAAGAGGUUUCACACUAGACUGCAGAGUGGAGGGGAGCAUUGCACAGAAUGAAACUUCUCACCACCUCUUGACCUGAUAACCCUCGCCAUUACAUGCCCUGUCCUAGAUACUGCACAAGAACCACAUUACUAAGUUCAGAGAUGCUCAUGUCUCUCAAUUAGCCUCUCAAUGUCUUCAGUGAUGUACAGCAGUGGCCAAAAUAUGUGUCUGUUAGUUACACUUUUGAGAAAUGGCUCUACCGUUGUAGGAUCUUAAUUUGAUCACUCUCUUGUUGCUGAAAUGCAGCGCAGGAAAUGCAGAGGAGCUUUGUGAGUUACAUAAAUUCACUGAAAACCCACGCUAACACACGGUUAUAUUAACAGUGUUGCACCUUUCAUGUAGCCUACCUUUGGCCAGCUAAUAUUUACAUUUACAUUUACAUUUUAGUCAUUUAGCAGACGCUCUUAUCCAGAGCGACUUACAGUUAGUGAGUGCAAACAUUAUUUUCUUAUUUUUUCAUACUGGCCCCCCGUGGGAAUCGAACCCACAACCCUGGCAUUGCAAACGCCAUGCUCUACCAACUGAGCUACAUCCCUGCCGACCAUUCCCUCCCCUACCCUGGACGACACUGGGCCAAUUGUGCGCCGCCACAUGGGUCUCCCGGUCACGGCCGGCUACGACAGAGCCUGGAUAUACACAGUUACACACAAACAUUGACACACACAAAUAUUCAAAAACAUACACACAAAUGUUUAACCCCCUGCACACACCUUCCACUUGUUUUCAUCUGCCAACACUGAAUGACUUGUCCAGUUUCCUGGUUUUCAGAGCACAACACCAAUACAGUCGUGUGCAUGCAAAACACAUCCCUCCAGCCUCCCAGCGGUUUGUCAGACGAACAGGGCACAGACAAACUGCUGGGUAAUAAAACAGACCUCCAAAGCCAUGGAAGCAACAGAAGAGGGGAUAGAUGAAAGCAAGGGUGGUCUGUCGAUACAGGGACCCUAAGGACAAAUCUGGGGGGGGUCAUCGAUGGAGCAAUGUCAAUUUCUGGCUGGGGCUGAGAGGAGAGCUUUGAAGGCCAAGGGAGGUGUGGACGGGUUCCGUCUCUUGUCUGACUCCGGGCCUCUUUUUGGAAUGUGUGCCUUUCAUGUUCUCAGGAAGUCCCUGGCGGUGAGACACAACAAGAAGAGGGACGGGGGUGUUAGGGGGGCCUUUGUUGAUGGUGCGAGAGCCUCAAAGGAGAGGGACACUUGACUGCCCUCUCUUAUCUCCCCCUCCUCUUGUUUAUGAGCUAAUUAAGCAUUGUUCAGCUCUAUUUCCCCAACACCCCUCCCUCUUUCUACUUAUACAGUACCACCAUAAGCAUGACUUUCGUUCCUUUACGGCCCCCUCUAUAACAUAACACCCCCUUUAGAACAGCUUUCAGUGAUUGUGUGGUGCUCUACCCUCUACAGCUCACUAUUGCUGCUUUUUGACUGCAACACCAGUGUUACAUUAGUAUAUAUACCCUUAUGUUAUACUAGGGAAAUUGUGUUUCCAAUGCUAGGGUUGACAGUGAGGACUUCUAAAGAGCAGAAUCAACAACCUCUGCAUAAUGAAAACAAUUGCUUUGUGUGGUGUUAAAGUUCACAGUUAGCCAUUGUUAUGUAAAUGUCAGCUGAAAAGUACCAGUGGCCUGGCUUUGGCCCCAGAUGACAGCAGGUCCGCCGGAGCCAUGGCCCAGUGAGACACAGGUGCUGGCCCGCGUAGAUGGACACAGAAAAGUUUGAGCCUUUUGGGUAAAACACCGGGGUAAACCCUACAUAGAAAUGCGCCAUAUGGCCACCCCUUAACUGCUGGGGCUAUUACACAUUUAUCUAACUCACUGAAUGCAAUAUCAUAUAGAUUACCCUGCAAAGCAUGUAAAAAGAUAAUGUAGCCUAUAGAUAUAGAUAUAUAGAGAGUGAGAGAACAUGACAUAGCUCAAAAAGAUAGAGCAAGAAAGAGAGGGUUCAUAUUCACACAUACACAGUUCAAAUCCAGUUCAAAUGUGCUCUCAUGUCUUAAGUGACCUACAGUCUUUUAUUGGGAGUUCAAGUCUGCCCCUGUCUGACCCCAUUAUAGGACACUGGGGCCCCACCAACCUCCCAGGAACAAAGACAUGAAGGCAUGAUGGCUCCGUGUUAGACACAGGGAGUCACUGGACGGUCAGUGAUGAGGACAACGUCUCAGCUGCAGGAUUUCCUGACAUACUGUGUAGUGUCUCUGCUCUUAGAGACUGAUCGACGGCCUGUAAGUCAUGUUGGUGCAAUAUAAUUAUUUUUACAUUUACAUUUUAGUCAUUUAGCAGACGCUCUUAUCCAGAGCGACUUACAGUUAGUGAGUGCAAACAUUAUUUUUUAUUUUUUAUUUUUUUCAUACUGGCCCCCCGUGGGAAUAUAUACUACUCUGAGACAGAGUAGGAACUGGAUGUUGUGUCCAUAGCCUAACCACCGAUCAAGCAACAUUAUGGACUAAACGUUCCAAUCCUGUCGCUGCAGGAUUAUUUUGCUGUGAUAAUAUAGGUCAAAUUAAGAUCCUACAUCUGUAUGUUGCUGUGCAGUCUGAAAAAUAACAAACCUGUGGUGAUUGUUGUGGGCAAUAUUAUUAGACUGAAUGACAUUGUGUGGCUGUGAAGUUAGAGAAGUGGUCAGACUGUGAACUAGUCAGUCAGAACAAUGUGAUGAGUCAGUAGUCUGUGUCUGUAACAGUCUGUGUUACUGUAUGUCUGUACAGAUGUAGGAUCUUCAUUUGGUCACCCUGUUGCAGGAGAACUUUCCUGCAAUGCAGGAAAUUUAAAACUUGUAGUGUAUUUGAGGUUUGAAAAGGCUUCUGAAGUUUAUAAUUUCCACUUUGAAAUUUCAGACUUGAUUUUCACUUACAAAAAAUGUAUCAACCCCUACAGAAACGUCCAUUAUUUUAUAAUCCACACAAUAAUUCACAUUUCCUGUUGCUGCAGGAUUAUUUUCCUGCUGUAGCAAACUGUCUCAAAUUAAGAUCCUACAUUAGUAACUUCUCACUGACAUUUCUAUUGGGUUUCAACAUGGUGAUGAAAACAAUAUUUUUCAGUCCAUUCAAACUGGUCCAUGUCACAUUGAUCACAUGUACAAACAAAGUCUACCCUUCUUCUGUAUAUCCCUAAGGUAAAAAGGAUUACCAUUCUGUCACCCCCCCACUGUAAAUAUCCUGUUACGUAUCUAACAUUCUUUCUUUCCACCAACUGUGGGACGAGGCAGUUUAAGAGUGCAGGCUAGAGGCACCACCUGCAAAUGCUUUUCAGUUAUGCCAGCUAUCUGAAACAGGAAAUCCUAGCUGAAAAACCAUAGUGUCAGCUGGGUUUACAGAGUUGUCUUCAGACUGAGGUACUGGUGUCUGUGGCUGUGUGUGUGUGUGUUUAUGUGAAAGUGAGAUAGAGGGAGAGAGUUUCGACAUAACAUCCUGAGGCACACGGAGUUCUUCAAGGACUUGUGACCGUGUACUGGUAGAGUUCUAAUGAAAAAUGCAUUCUGUUAUUGAGUAAGAUAUAAUCACAGUACCAUGCGAUCAUGAAAAGCAUCUAAAAGCAAUAUUGUGAAGUAAUAAUGUAAUGAAUAUGACUUUGUUACCUCACCAUCUGGUAUAUCUCUACAACUGAGUUACAAAGUGGUUAAUAACUGAAUAAGCUCACUGAACCUACCCCACUGGGACAAAACUGGUUGAAUCAACCUUGUUUCCUCAUCAUUUCAACUGCCCAAAUCAAUGUGGUGACGUUGAAUCAAUGUGGAAAACGAAUUGGAAUUGCAAAAAGUCAUCAACGUAAGGGCAUUUUGUAUUUUUUUCAUCAAACUUUUAACCUAAAUCUAAUGACGUGAUUUUUUUGUUCACAUUGAAUUUCCGUUAGUUGACACUCAACCAAAUGUAAAUCAAAGCUAGAUGUUAAACUGACAUCUGUGCCCAGUAGGACUGUACGGUAAAGCUAUUUGUUAUGUUGGUCUUAAGGGAAAUUAACUUACUUCUUCACUUGUGACCUGUAAAAACAAAUUGUUUCUGUAUAAUUGCUUAACAGUUUACGUAAUGCCAUUAGUACAUUGUUUUGUCACCAGACAAAGUCUGUCACCUCCGGGAAGAUGCUUGAGGUGGAAGCUGAUGCAACCAGUGUUUUUUCAGAUUCUCCCUGACUCCCUCUAUGUAUGUCAGGUCUACACUGACAACAACAAUUAACCCUCGCACCUCGACUAAACCAGAGCAGGAAGUCAACACACUGUCUUUCCAGGGUGUCACUUACACUCCUCACAUAUGUAGUUUCAUGAUGGCUAAUCAGCUAAACUGGCUCAGCAUUUCUGCUAAGCGGGCAAACAUUAAAGUUCUUUGACCUGUACUGUAGGCAAGGGUUGUACUGUACCUUCUACCCUAUGUCAAUCUGACACUGUCUGGCACUACUGAGAAGAAACAGACACUCUUAUCUAUCAGAAGGCACAUACUGUACAUUUGGUCUGUACCUGAAUCUGACAUGUUUUGCGUAUGUGACAUAUUCACAUGCCAACAUGGCCUAUGAGUCUAUUUGCAUCUUGUUUGCCUGUAUACAAACUACGACCUUUGGUUCCCAGUUUGUUUCAACAACAGAAGGCCAGUCUGACUUGCGUACAUUGAACAGAUAGAUGUAGUGUGGUCUGAAGGUAAUGAUCAUAGAAAUACUCUAGGAAGAGGUCUUAUCCGAGGAGCUGAGUUCCUCCUGCCCUACAUUAGACUGAAAGGUGGUAAAUAUUUUGUAAUACAGACUGUGAAAUAGGGCUGUUCUGGGGUUUGAGGAACUGAGAAUGUUUUUUGACAGUGGUGGCUUGUGAAUUGAACACACACGCUGUAGUUUCGGAAUAGUUUUUCCACGCUGUACUGUUGGUUCAAAUCUUCUAAAUUAGUUGAGUAGCUUUACAGGAUAGACAAAUGUUUUCUGCACCUAUUUCUUCACAGAAACGAUGAAGAGAGAGGUAAACGCUGGGGUGAAUUUCCUGAGACGCCUAGCUGUGGAGCGGGGUGGCUUGGAUGGAACCAAAGCUGACGCUUUUGCUGGAAAGUUGCGGCAACUUCUGUGUGACAAAUUCAAAGACCACUGGUACCCCGACAACCCCAACAAAGGACAGGCAUUCAGGUAAUCAGCAAGUGAAGUGAAAUAUUAAAGAAGUGAAGUAACUGGUUUGUUAUUUCGUGUGGCUGUCUCUGAGAAGAUACAUAAUACAGCUGCUGAGAAAAUUAAGAGACCACUGCAAAAUUAUGAGUUUCUCUGGUUUGACUAUUUCUAGGUAUGUGUUUGGGUAAAAAUAACAUUUUUGUUUUAUUCUAUAAACUACUGACAACAUUUCUCCCAAAUUCCAAAUAAAAAUAUUGUCAUUUAGAGCAUUUAUUUGCAGAAAAUGACAACUGGUCAAAAUAACAAAAAAGAUGCAGUGAUGUCAGACCUCGAAUAAUGCAAAGAAAAUAAGUUCAUGUUCAUUUUUAAACAACACAAUAGUAAUGUUUUAACUUAGGAAGAAUUUUCAAUCACAGCUUUCAUGCGUCUUGGCAUGCUCUCCACCAGUCUUUCACAUUGAUGUUGGGUGACUUUAUGCCACUCCGCAAAAAUUCAAGCAGCUCUGCUUUGUUUGAUGGCUUGUGACCAUCCAUCUUCCCCUUGAUAACAUUCCAGAAGUUUUCAAUGAGGUUCAGGUCUGGAGAUUGAGCUGGCCAUGACAGGAUCUGGUGGUCCUCCAUCCACACCUUGAUUGACCUGGCUGUGUGGCAUGGCGCAUUGUCCUGCUGGAAAAACCAAUCCUCAGAGUUGGGGAACAAUGUCAGAGCAAAAGGAAGCAAGUUUUCUUCCAGGACAACCUUGUACGUGCCCGAUUCCAGCCUUGCUGAAGCACCCCCAGAUCAUCACCGAUCCUCCAUCAAAUUUCACAGUGGGUGCGAGACACUGUGGCUUGUAGGCCUCUCCAUGUCUCAGUCUAACCACUAGACGACCAGGUGUUGGGCAAAGCUGAAAAUUGGACUCAUCAGAGAAGAUGACCUUACUCCAGUCCUCUAUGGUCAAAUCCUUAUGGUCUUUUGCAAACCUCUGCCUGGCUCUUCUUUGCUUCUCAUUGAUGAAGGGCUUUUUUUCUAGCUUUGCACGACUUCAGCCCUGCCCCUAGGAGCCUGUUUCGAACCGUCCUUCGCCGUGCACUUCACCCCAGCUGCUGUUUGCCAUUCUUUUUGUAGGUCACUUGAUGUCAUCCUACAGUUGUUGAGUGACAUUCGAAUGAGUUGCCGUUCAUCCCGGUCAGUAGAGAGUCGUUUUCGCCCUCUGCCGGUCUGUAGCUUUGUUGUCUCCAAUGUCUGCUGCUUGACCUUGUUCUUAUAAACCGCCGUCUUUGACAUUUUAUGGAUGGAAGCAACCUGACGCUCACUGUAUCCCUCUGCCAGUAAAGCCAGAAUUGAACCCUUCUUUUCCUCACUCAAAACUUUCCUUUUAAACUCUUUUGACAUGGUCAAUAGUUCUUUUUUUAUUAAUAUUACUUUUGAGGUACUAUUAGCACUGUUUUUGCCAUCCAUCUGGUCCUAUUGCAAGAGGAUAGUGAUGACCACAGCAGUGGUUUUUAUACUUUUCCUCGUUAAAUAAGAUUUGGUUCAUGUGAUCACCUAAUCAGUACCUAAUUCAGUAGAAUGAGGUGUGCCUGUGUUGGAAUUCAACAGACACUGGAAUGGAAUGUCUGUCAUACAUGUAGAGAUGCUGAUUUAAGAAAAAUGUGCAGUGGUCUCUUACAUUUUUCCACAGCUGUAUAUGAUGAGAAUUUGACUGUGGUCCAGGUGAACAGCACUCGGGAGAGUGGAGUUGUGACAUCUGCACUUUCACCCCUCUCAGGUGCAUCAGGGUAAGCGAGGGGGUGCCGUGUGAUGAGGAGGUGCUGAGGGCGUGUGAGGAGAGCGAGCUCAAACCCAGCGAGCUGGGCCUCCCAUGCGAGAUUGCGCUGUGGAUCGACCCACUGGAGGUGUGCGCACGGUGAGUCACACUAUGUUACUCACACGUGCACAGACGUACACACACAGUGAGACAGUGACAUGCUCAGUCUCAGAAGGCAGAGGAAGAAGGCUUUCAUUCGUCAUUACAGUCAGCUCUCUGGAGGUACCAUAAUUAUCAUCAUGAUGCAUGUGUUGUACGAACCUGCCCACUAUGUGAUGACUCAUCAAGUUACGGUAGGAGGAGGGUGAGGAAAUACAACAACUACAAUGAGGAAAUGAUCCUGAGGGAGAUGUGUUGAUACAAGUGAAACUGUUAGAUCCUUCAACCUUUUACUGCAGUGGGUUAAAUCAGGGUCACACAGAGUGAUUCUUGGUAGUCUUAAAAAAAUCUGCUGUGAAACAAAAGUGUACACCUCACACACAUGGUUAUGGGCUUUAAAAAAAGAAGACAUGUUCCAUGUCAGAUAUAGAGUUGAAAUGUAUUACAUUUUGAGUUUGCAUCCCAAUAUUACACUUUAUAUACAUCACAGAAGACUGAAAUAUAACAAAACCGUUUAACAUAGAAACACUGAAUUUUCAGCUGCUUUUUUGAUUAUGAAAUUAUGAAAAAUAUUAAUAAUAUUCCACCCAUGAGGCCACUAGGUCAUUUGACUGCAGGAAAUGGCUACAAGGUGGUUUAUAGGUCAUUCCAAUGUGUUUUUUUUACAGGAACUAAUGUAUUCUCUUUCCUGUCUCACAGGUCAGGGGAGAACAGCAGGUACUUCACAGUAGCUUGUUUCUGUGUUUUUUUUACAGGAACUAAUGUAUUCUCUUUCCUCUCUCACAGGUCAGGGGAGAACAGCAGGUACUUCACAGUAGCUCGUUUCUGUGUUCUUUUUACAGGAACUAAUGUAUUCUCUUUCCUCUCUCACAGGUCAGGGGAGAACAGCAGGUACUUCACAGUAGCUCGUUUCUGUGUUUUUUUACAGGAACUAAUGUAUUCUCUUUCCUCUCUCACAGGUCAGGGGAGAACUGCAGGUACUUCACAGUAGCUCAUUUCUGUGUUUUUUUUACAGGAACUAAUGUAUUCUCUUUCCUCUCUCACAGGUCAGGAGAGAACAGCAGGUACUUCACAGUAGCUUGUUUCUGUGUGUUUUUUUACAGGAACUAAUGUAUUCUCUUUCCUCUCUCACAGGUCAGGAGAGAACAGCAGGUACUUCACAGUAGCUUGUUUCUGUGUUUUUUUUUACAGGAACUAAUGUAUUCUCUUUCCUCUCUCACAGGUCAGGGGAGAACUGCAGGUACUUCACAGUAGCUUGUUUCUGUGUUUUUUUUACAGGAACUAAUGUAUUCUCUUUCCUCUCUCACAGGUCAGGGGAGAACAGCAGGUACUUCACAGUAGCUCGUUUCAAAGAAGGAGAAGAGGAGGAUGAGGACUAUGUGAAAGGAGACAAAGAUGUCGACCUGGAUACGUCCGACUACCACUCCGCCACCUCGUCUGACUGUGGCUCUGCUGUCUCCAGUGACACAGAGGAGGAGGGGAUGGAUGGAGAGACGGAGGGAAGAAAAGAUGAGGAGAAGGAGAAAGAGGGAAAGAAAGAGAAGGAAAAGGUGGAGGGCAAACCUUGUGUGAUUGCCAUGAUGCCCAGGGUUCGGGACUGGUUCAGGGUCGAGCAUGCUCAACAGAAGGUCAACAAAACACUGGUAAGAACUUUUCUGUUAAUCUACAUGACCUUAAUGUGGUACCAAAUCUCCCUAUCUGACAUCCACAAUGUAGCACUGUGGACACGUGGAUUCACGUAGCACCAGAUCCUACACAUCCAGAAUAAGUGCUCUCGAAGUACUAUCUGAUUAUUGAAAUGAAGAUGAAUUAUAAUCGGAAUCAUAUCUAAGAUCUCUCUCCCUCUGUUCUUUCUCUCUCCAGCUCCAGCCCACCUCUCAGCAGUACUUCUACCACCCUGCCCCUGUGUGGCCCACAACGUACAAGAAGAAGGGUCCUGUGUUCCUCACCACAAUAUACGCGCCUCCACCUCCGCCUCCCCCAGUGUUCGGCUACUACGUCCUGCCCCAGCCAACCCCGCAGUUCAUCAUGCCUUAUGCCACUCUGCAGCCAUGGGGGGCUGUGAAGAGCUAAACCAACUGGUUGGAGAGGGGGAGGUAAAACUGCCAUUUUACCUAUGAGCCUAAUUAUGAUGGGUCUAUGCAGGUUUUUGAAGGUGUGGGUGAGGCGCAAUUAAGAUAGUUUGACAAAAUAUUUGAAGGGUUAGCGGGGAGCACAACUUGAUUCAUUAUAUACGUUUUUGAUUGCUGUACACUUCAUUUUCUUAUUUUUGGUGAGAAUUGGUUUUGGGGAUUUCCUCAAUGUAACUUUCUUAGGUAGAAUUGCCACUGAAGUAAACAGGGAAUAUACUAAAACAGGGUUUAGCAAAUAUUGCUACAGGCACUUCCCUAAGGGCUGCCAGUAAGUUUUGGUUUAGGGUAAUCCACUGAUUAAAAGUAGUCUGUUCAUAUUGCUGAAGUGUCUAGAGUAGGCCUGCUAGACAGUGUGUUGCAGAUUGACUAGUUUAGUGUGAUACUGUAUUCCAGUGGUAUUCAACUCUUACCCUACGAGGUCCGGAGCCUGCUGUUUUUCUGUUCUACCUGAUAAUGAAUUACACCCACCUGGUGUCCCAGAUCUAAAUCAGUGUCUGAU